CACAAUUAAACAAAACACACGUCAAAUAAUAACAUUAUUUAUUAAUGUUUUCAAUGUUUUUAUAAAUUGGAAUACAAUGAGAUUUUAAACAACUAUUGAUAAAUAAAGCCGACAAACUCAGAUAACAAUUCACCACUUCUGAAAAAAAAAUAAAUUAAAAUGCCGAAAUAUUAUUGUGACUAUUGUGAUACGUAUUUGACACAUGAUUCUCCAAGUGUACGUAAAACUCAUUGUCAAGGAAGAAAACACAAGGACAAUGUAAAAUAUUUUUAUCAAAAAUGGAUGGAAGAACAGGCACAACAUUUAAUUGACGCAACAACAGCUGCAUUUAAAGCUGGUAAAAUAGCAACAAAUCCAUUUGCUGCAAAUAAAGGUGUUGCAAUACCACCACCACCAAAUCUAGGACCAAGACCUGGUGGUCCACCACAAGGACCAAUGGGUAUGAUGCCACCACCUGGUAUGCAUCCUGGUGGUCCAAUGGGUCCUGGUAAUCCAAUGAUGAUGGGACCACCACCAGGAAUGAUGAAUCAAAUGAGUAUGAGACCACCAAUGAUGGGUCAAAUGAUGGGUCCAAUGGGACAAAUGAUGGGACCUAUGGGUCCAAUGGGACCAAUGAGACCUCCUAUGAAUGGUCCACCACCACCUAUUAAAAAAAAUUAAUCUAUAAAUCAUUAUAAAACUAUAAAUUCUUUCAUUUUAUAAAUUAUAAUUUUUAACUUAGUCUACGUUAUAUUAAUUUACGUGUGUGUAAAUAAUAAUAGAAACAAUUUUUUUUUUUUUUUUUACAUUUUGGCAGUAAGAAAAUGUUUAUUGUCAUAUGAAAAAAAAAUUAAUAAUAAUAAAUUGAUAUAUAAAAUUUUUUAUAUAUACACAGAAAUAAUG